CAGAGGUUUUAUUGGGAGCAGUGAGGUGACUUUGGCAGCCAACAGGCCACUAGUAUCUUCUACUAACGCUUUUGUCUGGAUAGGAGCAACAUUGCGUGUUUACAGUCUUGCAGUGUGCUGAGAGCUGGUGGCCAGUGUGACUGAGUGAGCUGUGUGCCGUGUAUUGACCUGCUUCCUACUCCUGAAUUCCUUUUGGAAGCUCCGGCAGGGAGGAUGAUACAGUCAGACAAAGGAGCAGAUCCACCAGACAAGAAGGACAUGAAGCUUUCUACAGCCACCAAUCCGCAGAAUGGCCUCUCGCAGAUCCUGAGGCUUGUGCUGCAAGAGCUGAGUCUGUUCUACAGCAGAGACGUGAAUGGAGUGUGUCUCUUGUAUGAUCUCCUCCACUCACCGUGGCUUCAGGCUCUGCUAAAGAUUUAUGACUGCCUCCAGGAGUUUAAAGAAAAGAAACUAGUUCCUGCCACACCCCAUGCACAGGCGUUAUCCUAUGAGGUAGUGGAGUUAUUACGUGAAACCCCUACUUCCCCUGAGAUCCAAGAGCUGAGACAAAUGCUCCAGGCUCCACACUUUAAGGCCUUGCUCAGUGCCCAUGACACGAUAGCUCAGAAAGAUUUUGAACCCCUUCUCCCUCCGCUGCCAGACAAUAUCCCUGAGAGUGAGGAAGCAAUGAGGAUUGUUUGUUUGGUGAAAAACCAACAGCCCCUGAGCAUGCUUGGAUUAGUGAGGUUGCUCUAUGCUGGAGACAAACUGGUAGAAGUGAAUGGAGUUUCAGUUGAGGGACUGGACCCUGAACAAGUGAUCCAUAUUCUGGCCAUGUCUCGAGGCACAAUCAUGUUCAAGGUGGUUCCAGUCUCUGACCCUCCUGUGAAUAGCCAGAAAAUGGUGUAUGUUCGUGCCAUGACUGAGUACUGGCCCCAGGAGGAUCCUGACAUCCCCUGCAUGGACGCUGGAUUGCCUUUCCAGAAGGGGGACAUCCUCCAGAUUGUGGACCAGAAUGAUGCCCUCUGGUGGCAGGCCCGAAAAAUCUCAGACCCUGCUACCUGCGCUGGGCUUGUCCCUUCUAACCACCUUCUGAAGAGGAAGCAACGGGAAUUCUGGUGGUCUCAGCCAUACCAGCCUCACACCUGCCUCAAGUCAACCUUAUCAAUUUCUAUGGAAGAAGAAGAUGACAUGAAGAUUGAUGAGAAAUGUGUGGAAGCAGAUGAAGAAACAUUUGAAUCUGCUGGCUUCCGCCGCAGCAUGCGCCUGUGUCGCAGGAAGUCUCACCUCAGCCCGCUGCAUGCCAGUGUGUGCUGCACCGGCAGCUGCUACAGUGCAGUGGGUGCCCCUUACGAGGAGGUGGUGAGGUACCAGCGACGCCCUUCAGACAAGUACCGCCUCAUAGUGCUCAUGGGACCCUCUGGUGUUGGAGUAAAUGAGCUCAGAAGACAACUUAUUGAAUUUAAUCCCAGCCAUUUUCAAAGUGCUGUGCCACACACUACUCGUACUAAAAAGAGUUAUGAAAUGAAUGGGCGUGAGUAUCACUAUGUGUCCAAGGAAACAUUUGAAAGCCUCAUAUAUAGUCACAGGAUGCUGGAGUAUGGUGAGUACAAAGGCCACCUGUAUGGCACUAGUGUGGAUGCUGUUCAAACAGUCCUUGAUGAAAGAAAGAUCUGCGUCAUGGACUUAGAGCCUCAGGAUAUUCAAGUGGUUCGAACUCAUGAACUGAAGCCCUAUGUCAUAUUUAUAAAGCCAUCGAAUAUGAGGUGUAUGAAACAAUCUCGGAAAAAUGCCAAGAUUAUUACUGACUACUUUGUGGACAUGAAGUUCAAGGAUGAAGACCUACAAGAGAUGGAAAAUUUAGCCCAAAGAAUGGAAACUCAGUUUGGCCAAUUUUUUGAUCAUGUGAUUGUGAAUGACAGCUUGCAUGAUGCAUGUGCCCAGUUGUUGUCUGCCAUACAGAAGGCUCAGGAGGAGCCUCAGUGGGUACCAGCAACAUGGAUUUCCUCAGAUACUGAGUCUUAAUGAGACUUCUUGUUUAAUGCUGGAGUUUUAACACUGUGCCCUUGUUACAGCAAUCCACAGUUGCAAUCUAAAACAGCAGUAUUUGACCCAUUAUAAUGUGUACAACUUUAAAAGUGCAGUAGUUUAUUAAUUAAUCUUAUUUGAAAAAAUUUUUAUUGUAUGGUUAUGUAGUUACCUAUUUGGCUCUUAAAAAUUUUUUUUCCUUUAUCUCAUAUGCAGCUGUAGUAGAAAUAUGAAUAAUGUUAAGUCACUGAGUAUGAGAACCUUUUGCAGAUUUCAUAUCUUUUAAAGAUUUAAAUAAAGAGCUUUCCUAAAUAUAAUAAGCAAUAUUUAACUU